UGUUAUUGAGAUCGACUCUCAAGUUCUGUUGUUGUCGCGCGCCGCGCCGCUCGCGCUGAUAACGCGAUGCCACGCCGACCUGCGCACGCGCACACUAACGCUCCGCAGCUUUAAGCUCGCGCGGACUAUUAAAAAAAAAUAUUUUAACCCCCAGUGAUGGAAUGGAUAUUUUUUAUGGACAAGUGCAAAGUUGAUCGCGAAUAACCUUCUUUUUUGUAUUUCAUUCUGUGUGUUUUUUUACUGUUUGAACCAAUAAGUGUUAAUGAGAAAGUGAAACCGAUACUCUGUGUAAUUAUAAUAUUCUGAACGAAAGGAUAUUUUUAAUUGAACUCUUUAAGUAAUUAUUUUUGGUGAUAUUGUAAGAGAGAAACUGAAACAAUAUUGAAAGGAUCAUCUGAAGUUUUUGACUUUUCUGCUGUAACAGUGUACCAUUACCGCCGCCAAGCUGACUACCGCAAAUGAGAUUAUACCCAGUUACCACGUCGAAGCGCUAAUAGGUCGGUGGCGCACGAGCCCGAUGAGCGCGUGCGCGGCGGCCGCCAUGCGCGAAAAGCACGCGGCGCCGCGCCGCCUCGCGUCCCCGCCGGCGUCCCCGCUCGAGCGCCACCCCAGCCCGCUGAGCAGCCCGCGCGCCGACGAGCCGCUCGACCUGCGCGUCACGCACAAGCGCCCGCCGCGCCUCGAGGACGAAAACUGCAACCUCAUCACCCCCUCGCCGCCGCCGCACCCCACGCACCCCACGCAUCCGGCCCAUCCAGCACACCCAGCCCUGCUGCAAUUCUGUCGAAGACUACCACUUGCUCUACCAGCAUCCUUCGGCCGCUACCCCUUCCUACCUGCGGCGGCAGCAACCCUGCUCGCCCCCGGUGCCCCACGAGCACCACCAGUGCCUCAAAAUGCAGGAGCCCCUAGAGCACGAGAUCGGUAUACCUGCUCGUAUUGCGGCAAGGCAUUUCCUCGUAGCGCCAACCUAACUCGACAUUUAAGAACUCACACGGGAGAGCAACCUUACCGCUGUAAAUACUGUGAGCGCUCCUUCUCGAUAUCGUCCAACUUGCAACGGCAUGUGAGAAACAUUCAUAACAAAGAGAGACCGUUCCGGUGUCGUCACUGCGACCGCUGCUUCGGACAACAAACUAAUCUCGAUAGGCAUCUGAAGAAGCACGAGGCGGAGAACGGGGAUGACAGUCGCCGGAGGUCUCCGGACGAGACGUACUUCGAGGAGAUCAGAUCGUUCAUGGGGCGCGUGGCGCCGGGCCGGCGCGCGGCGGCUGCCACCGCCAGCCCCGCCGACCACACCUGAUAGUGACACAUGCGGACCACUUUCACAAUUACAAUAAUCUGGUCGAUGCAUCCAAAUGACUCUCGUGUACUUUAGAGACCUUUUAUUUGAGUGUGAAUCAUUGAUUAAAAGUUUAUGAUUAAGCGCCAACUUUUCUGGAUUAGUUAAACAAAAAGAGUAAAUAGGAAAUUGCCAGGCAAUAAUAACAUUAAAAAUGUUUCGAAACAUAGAGCCGCAACAGAAUGUAAGCACCUGUAAAUCUAAGGAAACACUACAUACAAUGUAAUCACAAUGAUGACGCAUCAUCAAUUUUGUAAAUACCCAUUAUUGUUACCGCGUUAGCACAUUGAAUUGGCGCAAACGAGUGAAAGUAAAUGUACUUGCCACCAAGUCGGCUAUUAGGAUAUGUAUUAUAAAUAAAGUGAUAUUGAAUCUCGUGUACUUAAUGUAAAUAUUAAGCUAUUGUAGUGUAUGUAGCUAGGACGCGUACCGAAUUUUCUCUACCGAUAGAUUUAUGAAAAGUAAUUGUACGUAUGUAUUCCUUGUCGUAAAGACAUAAAUAGACAAAUAAUGUUAAGUGUUCCGAGAGUGUUCGCUAUUUUAGAUAACGCUGUAUUGAUAUAUAAUUGUAUGGAUGUAAGUAGUUUCUUUGUAUUUUUUGUAAAUUUCGCUUUAUUCGAUGUAAAAUAAUUAGUAUUAUUAGUCUGAGAGGAAACGCCGGUUACCAAUAAAAAUAUAACUUGUUGCUUAUUGAAGAUAUUAUUAAAUAUUUUUUACGAAAUGUUAGAAAAGUUGUUUUAAAAAUUAUCUUACUGUCGAAAUUAUAUAUGUAUAUAAUGUAUACUGAAUGUUGCGUAAAUUAUUUUCGUUUUGGGUUCAGCCACGGGGUGAACCGCUUCUGUGUUCAGAAUACCCCAAUUGUUAAGUUUCAGAAUAUUACGCGAAUUAGAUAUUUAUGUUUAUUAUCAUUAUAUUGAGAUUUUAAAUUAGAACUUAUACAGAUAUUAGAGAUAACUUCAGAAUUUUGUAAAAUCAUUGUAUCUACGAAUUCGAAAAUUAUUACUAAAUUAAUGUAAUUACAAAUCUGUGAUUUAAUUUAUUACUGGACAGCAAUAAAUGAAGAAAUAUUUUUAUCAGUUAAAUAAAUCUCUCAAAGAACUAAUUUAAACGUUCCUGUAAGUAUAGAUAGAUCUCUAUGAUUGUUGCGAGUGUAAAGUUGAUAUAUAUUUUAUUAAUAAAAAUAAAUACAAUUUCUUUCAUAUCAAAGGAUAAAAACUCAGGUUAAACCACAAGUCAGAUAAGACGUUGAUUUGCCAACGAAGCAUUCAUCCUUUAUUUCCUUUGUAGAAUACAGAUUCUAAACUUUCUUUUGUUUAUUUUAUAAAAAGCUGCUCGCUAUUACAUUAUUGAGAAUUUAUUUCCCAGCAUGAUUUAUAGCCUUUGUUCUACAUGAGCGCAAAUGCGAAGCGACGCUAUGCACAAACAUUGACCGGAAUUUAUAUAUUUUGCCUCAAAAACUUUUAGAAAAACUGUCGUAAGAUACUCAGAAUUCGACCAUUUGCCAGAUAUGUUAAAAAUCCAACAAAAAACAGCAUCGCGUCGCUUUUACUCGCUCAUCUACAGCAAAGCACCGUUACUGUAACUCCUAUCCUAAGCAAACGUUACCUACCGUAUGAAUGUUUCAUAGUAUACUCGUACCAAAUCCUGUUUAAAUCACAUAAGAGAUGCUAUUUAACUAAUAUCGCUAGGAUGUAUAAUGAAUAGAGAUUAUUACCUUAUCAUUUUGUACUUUUGAUACCUAUUAGUCGUUCAAAGGUCACCGAUUACCUUGUCAAAAUGAAUAAAUAACAAUAAAUCUUUUA